AUGUCGGAUGAAUCGGGAGAACCGAGGCUCAAACGUAAACGUAUUUCCGUUGCGUGUAAUAGCUGCCGGGCCAAGAAAGCCAAGUGCGAUGGUCAGAAACCGAUAUGCGGGCGUUGCGCAGGAUAUGAUUAUGAGUGUCAAUGGAGCGACCAAACACCAUCCCAAAGCACUCAACCACCACAGUUAAUACCGUCUUCCAUUACCCAAGAUCACCCAUCAGAGACAUUUGUAAAGCACCGGCAGCUCAUGCUCGGACUCUGCUCAAAGCUUUCCCAAGAAACCCAAGAAGAGGUAAAGAAGAGUCUCGCCUCUGUUGAAAAUGCCGUGCGGUGUGGGUCUCCGCCAUGCAAUACGUGUACAACUACUUCGCAUGAAGCUCUUCUCACGAUCCCGCGCUUGGACAGUCGCAAAUUUGUGGGCGAAAUCAGCGAUAUCCAUUUCUUGAAUCUACUAAUGACACAAUUGGCACUGCCCGAUAGCCAAAGGAAUGAGUCUCAAGAAUAUGUGGAUACGUAUGAUCCAGAAGAGGUGGCUACAUCUUAUCGUCUGCGUGAUCCCAUGACCGGCAUGCCACCACCGCAUGAAGUUGCCGGGAAUCUCAACACGUACUUCUCGACUAUCCACAUUGCCUACCCUUUUGUGCAAAAAUUCGUCUUCAUGAGAAAGGUGGAGAGUAUCCAAAAAGACGCUUCAUUCAGGGGCUUGACUCCCUCUUGGUUUUCCCUGCUAUACGCCUUACUUGCCAUCGGCUCUUUCUACAACUCCUUUUGUCAAGAUGAUAGCAUUUCCAAUCCUGCUCACCGCCGGCUCUUUGAGCGUUCCUUUGUUUUGUCAAGUUAUGAUGCUUUGGAAAGAUCCACUGUUCAGGUUUCGGCUCUUCUUGCACAAUGCUUCUACAUGUUGGCAACAUCUCAAAUCGACAGAUGCUGGGCUUCUCUUGGUAUCGCAAUUCGAUUGAGCCAGAGUAUUGGAUUACACGCCAAGACGGAUGCUACGAAGCCACACAACUCCGACCCAAGAGGACAUGCAGAACAUGAUGAAGUCGAAAACAGAAUAUGGUAUUGCCUCUAUGUCCUAGACAGGUUGAUGGCCUUACAAUUAGGUCGGCCGCCGGCUAUUUCAGAUCAAGAUUGCCAUACUCCGCUUCCAGGACGAAUGAAAGAUGUGGAAGUAGACUGCAACAAUAGGCCCAUCGUACAGGGCCAAAACGAGCAACGUCAUGCUAGUGAAUACUUCGCCCGCAUGGUAGAGUUCUCUUCUAUUAUCGGCAGGGUACUGCGUGAGACUUACCAUCCACGAAAAGACAUGGCCUCAAUGCUGCAAAGCACUAAGCAUUGCGAUCAACUCCUUAUUCAGUGGAGGUCUAAAUUGCCGCGGUUCCUGAGAUUCGAUAUGGGACACGUCUUUGACCAAUCUUUGGUCCUGAGACGACAGAGAAACAUGCUUGCGAUCAAAUUCCACCAUCUUCGGACUCUGAUACACCGGCCAUACUUGUGUUUCCCAUGGCUAAGAGGUCAAGAUCCGGAACCUCUUCAGCCUGAUCAACACGCAGAAGUUCAGCAAUAUGGAAAGACUUGCACGCUUGAAGCCCAAGCGAUUGCGCAUUUGAUGCACAACGUGAGCGACACAAUGGACAUUGUCAUGAAUUAUCCAUGGUGGCAGAUGAUUUCUUGUCUCGUUUGUGCAGCUUCAGUAAUGAUUCUGACCGAGUGCUGCGACAAGAAAGAAUCCAGUACGGAUGCCAGACUUACCGCUUUGCACGAGGACUCCGAAACGUGCAUGGAGGUUCUCACAGCAUUGAGUAAUGGGUCCACUGGUGCAAGGCUUGCGCUGAAAAUGCUGAAGGGCCUCCGAGAAAAGGGUGCUCGGAUAUCUGACAAGCUCGAUCGUAGGGCUGUGGAAGCUCACGAAGAGGUUCGACUACCAGGCCAAAGUCGAGUGGGCAUGGACAUGCCCACUCAAGACCCGACAACCGCUUCAGUUGACUUGGCCGGCCAGAUGUCAGCAAUCGUUACAGAUAACGUUUAUCCUGGUCUACUGUAUAGUGAAGGAGAUACAAACUUCGGAGUAGGUGUGGACGAUGGGCGGUCCACGGUUGUUCCCGACUCAAUGAAUUGGCCUUUGGAGUUUCUGAACAUGCUCGAGGACCCUCAAAACCCGUUCGAGGGUCACACGGAUGCUUAG